AUGUCGCACUUCACUGUGCCACCGGGGGACCAAAGCGUCCAGGUUCGAAUCAUCGAUUCUACUACUAGAAUUGGCAACUUACAACUGGGGUUUCUCAUGGAACCUCCAAUGGAGGGGAUGGAAUAUAUGCCUCCGCUUCCUGCCUGGUCAUUCCUGGUCGAGCAUCCUUCCGGUCAAAAGAUUCUUUAUGACCUUGGAGUUCCGAAAGAUUUGAACUCGUUUGCGCCAACGGUCUGUCGACAUCUCAAAGCGCAGGGAUGGAAUGUUGAUGUCAAGGAAGAGGUGAUCGAUACUCUCGACAGAAAUGGUAUCUCGGCAAACGAAAUUUCCGCUAUCGUCUGGAGGUUUAUAUCUGCGGGAAGCCACUGGCACUGGGAUCAUAUUGGUGACCCAUCGCGAUUUCCUCCCUCCACUGAACUCAUUGUCGGCCCUGGAUUUAAGACUGCGUUCCUUCCUGGUUAUCCAGGGAAAUCCGACUCUCCUGUACGCGAAAGUGACUUUGCUGGACGAAAUCUACGAGAAAUAGACUUCUCAGACACUGUCCAAGUUGGCCAGUUUGCAGCUGUUGAUUUCUUCGGCGAUGGUUCAUUCUAUAUCAUAGACAGUCCAGGCCACGCAGUCGGUCACCUUGGUGCAUUGGCACGUACCACGACUAAUCCGGACACAUUCAUUUUUAUGGGAGGUGACCUCUGCCACCACAGUGGGGAGAUUAGGCCAUCGAAGCACCUCCCCAUUCCUCGUGAUAUUCAACCGAGCUUCGCUACUCCAAUUUCGUUUCCUUGUCCCGGUGACUCGGUAUAUGAGCAGUUGCUAGUCCGACGGACUGGAUCGGCGGACAAGCCAUUCUUCCGACCAGCCAUGGGGCUUGAUAUCGAACAGACAAUAGAUACAAUUGAGAAAGCACAGGUGGCAGACGCGGACAGCAAUAUCUGGUUUAUAUAUGCUCACGAUGCCAGCCUGUUAAAAUGCGUGGAUCUGUUUCCCUUGUCGGCUAAUGGUUGGAAGGAGAAGAAUUGGCGGGAGAAAACUCUGUGGGCUUUUCUUGGAGAGUUUGAAACGGCGAUCAAGCAGAUUUAA